GCUGGGGGAACGAAUGGCGUUCGAAUGGAGAAACCGUUUGGGCCGUUAAAAGGACGCUGCGCGCGGACGAACGCAGAAAGGGUGGUUGGUAUUUUAACAAUAUCUGAAUUAUGAAGAAAGGCUCUAAGCAGACAACUUCCAGAAGAAACAAGCAGACUGUUGCCAGUACUACCUGUAAGAAAUUGUCCAUUCAACCCUCUGAGCAGAUGAUAAAAACAUGCCAAAGAGAUUUUGUGCAGCUGUUCCCGCUAGAAGUCAGUUUAAAAGUUUUUAGUGAACUUGACAUUCAGAGUUUAUGCAAUGCUACAAUGACAUGCAAAAGCUGGAAUCAGACCAUUGAGAACUGUGAUGAUUUAUGGAAACAUCAUUGCUUGACUGUAAGGGCUGUCUGUCAGCGAGAGAUUGACGACGACAGAGGAAACGGUUAUUCAUGGAAGGUCACGCUCCUGAGAAACUACUGGAAAAGCAAGGUGAAGUAUGAAUGGCUGAGUGGGAAAUAUAGCAAUAUUCAUUCCCGUGUUGCCUUGCCAGAAAAAAGCAUGUAUCCCAUGGACGUGGACACCUGGGGAGAAAUCCUGGAAGCCGAACUGGAAAGAUAAGAUGCCCAAAUAAGGAUCUU